UGCAAUGGCACUGAAAAUUUCACCUGUCUACAUCCCUACCCCUAAGCUAAAAUUGCUCUUCCGCCAUUUUUAAGCUCCAAUUUUCCGGUCAAUCUCCGGUGACUGAACCCUAGACACGUGGCAACUCACCGUUGCAUCACGUCACCUCAAAAUACUGUGGGAAUCCGAUUCCGUGUAGAAAUGGGAAAUGGAAUUCAAUUCCUGUAAUCCGGAAAAAACCAUUGUUUAAUCAGGAAAAAGUUGUAUACAGUAGUAGAAGAAGAAGAAUACACUUGUAUAGAAUAUAGAUAGAUACUGUAUGGAUGUUUAAUGUAUGAAGGGGGCAAAUUGUUGUGAUUCUAUAAGCAUAUUAAUAGCAUCUUCAUCGUCAUCAGUAACAACCCGUUCGAAUACUUAUAAGUUUCGGCUACACGCGGCAUUUGAUUCCAAUUUUAAAUCCCCAAAAUGGCUAUUUAAGUCGAAGAUGCGAAUUCCAAAGCGUUCAGUUUCUCUCUAUCUUUCUGUAUUCUCUCCUCCGAAACAACUGGUUUCAUCUUUUACUAGAAGUUUUCAUUUCCAUUUGGGGAUUUUCAGUUCCGAUCAUUUUCUGAACAGAGGGAAAUCGGUUUGUCGUAAAGGGAGAGAUCAGUUACAUACAAGUUGUACAAUGGAUGGCAUUGGUGCAGAUACCAGGGCAGCGCUGUUUGAGAAGGGAAAUGGUGCCAUUGGUGGUCAGCGUUCAUGCAUAUGGUCAUCUCCCGAAGGAGGGUGUGAUAUUGUCAUAGGAAAGCAGAUAUUCUGUAACAGGUCCUUAAACAUGAAAAGUAUAGUUGCUGUUGGAUUUGACAUGGAUUACACACUGGCACAGUACAAACCUGAGACUUUUGAAUCUCUUGCAUAUGAAGGCACUGUCAGAAAGCUUGUUUAUGAUUUAGGAUACCCUGCCGAGCUGUUGGAAUGGUCAUUUGAUUGGAGCUAUAUGGUCAGAGGUUUAGUUCUUGAUAAGAAGAGGGGGAAUAUAUUAAAGAUGGACCGACACAAAUAUGUGAAAGUAGCUUAUCAUGGAUUUAGAGAGCUUUCAAAGGAAGAUAAAGUCGCUACUUAUGGCAAUACCUUGCUUCGGGAUUCAUUUGAUGAACCUGACUAUGCACUUAUUGAUACCCUUUUCUCUCUUGCUGAAGCCUACUUAUUCGCUCAGUUGGUGGACUUCAAGGACAAAAAUCCUGGAAAAGUUCCCAAAGAUGCAGACUACUCUCAUAUGUACAAGGAUGUUAGAGCAGCAGUAGAUUUGUGCCACCGUGAUGGCACUUUGAAGCAGAUGGUUGCAAAAGAUCCAAAAAGAUAUAUCAAUGAGGAUACCUCAAUUGUUCCGAUGCUCAAAAUGCUUAGAGAAUCCGGACGUGCUACUUUUCUGGUAACAAACAGCUUGUGGGACUAUACAAACAUUGUUAUGAACUUCCUUUGUGGGCUUAAACCCUCUGAUGGAUGUAGUUCCAGUUUUGAUUGGCUUCAGUACUUUGAUGUUGUCAUCACUGGCAGUGCAAAACCAGGUUUUUUCCAUGAUGAAAUUCGUGCAAACCUCUUUGAGGUUGAACCUGAAAGUGGCAUGCUUAUUAACACUGAUAAUGGGACUCCUAUGGCACAGGUGGGGAGCACUUCUUUGAGAUUGCCUUUAAAGAGCUUGAGAGAAGGCUGCAGAAUUUUCCAGGGGGGAAAUGUUGGCCAUUUGCAUAAAUUACUUUCAAUUGAGUCAAGCUCACAGGUUCUUUAUGUUGGAGAUCACAUUUACGGUGAUAUCUUACGCAGCAAAAAGGUUUUGGGCUGGAGAACAAUGCUUGUUGUUCCGGAGCUUGAGAGAGAGGUUGAACUUCUCUGGCAACUAAAGGAUACUCGCAAGCAACUUCAGUUAUUGAGAAUUCAGCGUGAUCACAUUGAGGAUGAAAUACACCAUCUUAAGUGGUCUCUCAAGUCUGGAGAAACUGAUGAUGCCAGCAAGGAAAAGAUGUUUUCGGAACUUGACAAGCUGCAGUCCCAAGGUGAGGAGGUCAGGCUCAGUCAUCAGCAGGCACAACGAGAAUGUCACCAAAAGUUCCACAAGGUCUGGGGACAACUAAUGAAGACUGGUUAUCAGAAUUCUCGUUUUGCACAUCAGGUGGAGAGAUUUGCUUGCCUUUAUACCAGUCAAGUCACAAACUUGAGCCUGUAUUCCCCGGAUAAGUACUAUAGGCCUAGUGAGGAUUUUAUGCCUCAUGAAUUUGAUAUCCUCUCUAUUUGAAGGGAUUAUGUAAUCCAGGGGCCAAAGGCAGUGCAUUUUGAAGAAGAGCUUUGCUCAUUCUAACUUCUAGGUGCAUCCAUAUGUUUUUUAUUUUGAGUUCUUUGUUGAUUUUUGCCAUCUGGUAUGCAACCAUUUAAGUUAUACCAAUAUGGAAAAUCUUUAUGUUUUUUGGUAAAAUAACGUAAAUGUAUCA